UCUUGUUUACUGUAUAUGAUCAGUAACCAGAGUUUUACGAUAAAACGGGAAAAAUGGACGAAUUAAGGUCGUUUUUCAACGACCCUCGUCCAUCGCAGUCCAACGUGGUAAAACUUAAAGGACCCUUAACUGCCGGUUUUCGAAUCACGAAAGAAGACACGCUAAAUGAGCUGAACAGACGAGAAGAUCAUCGGCAUUCAGUUAUUUUGAGCGGCACUGAUUACGCCCGUGAAGUUAAAGAACGGGAGAUCGCAGCUUAUUUGAAGAAUGAAACUGAACGUGAUCGCUGGGACAGCGUGUCCGACCGACUGGAGUCUUUGGAGCAUCUGUCCUCACUGGGAACUUCUCUGCCAAAUAUUGGAGAGCUGACGGAGGAAGCCAUGACUGAAGUGUACAGCAAGUACUCAUUCCAAAUGAAAGAAGACACCAACAAUUUAUCCAUCAACAGCUCUAAAACUGAUAUUUUAGAUCGUAUCAGAGGGUUCCCUGUUGUAAUCAUAGAAGGGCCCACAGGCUGCGGUAAGACCACACAAGUGCCGCAGUGGAUCCUGGAUGACUGCCACAAGCACCGCCGGGCUUGCAAGAUCAUAGUCACGCAGCCGAGGAGGAUCGCUGCCAUGUCCAUAGCUAAAAGAGUUGCGCAGGAGAGGGGAUGGGACGUUGGGGGGCUUGUUGGUUAUCAGGUUGGACUAGAGAACAGGACAUCUAAUGACACAAGGAUUCAUUAUGUGACAACAGGAGUAUUAUUGCAGAAAUUGGUCAAUGCCAAAACAAUGAAUGAAUACACCCACAUAAUACUGGACGAGGUCCACGAGCGUGGUCAGGACAUGGACUUCCUCUUACUGGUUGCCAAGAAACUUCUAUACACAGUGUCACCUACGGUGAAAGUGAUACUGAUGUCGGCCACAUUCCAAACGCAGAAGUUUGCUGACUACUUUAUGAUCCCCACGCCGAGGGGGCAGCACAUGGCUUCUUGUAUACAAGUGAACAAGAAAGAUCCGAUGUUCAUUGUGAAAACGUUUUACUUGGAGCAGCUGACUAAAUUUAGUUCGCUCGUCGAAGCCUGCAUGCCCAAAGCCCACGAACCAACCAUCAUCACCGAGAUGUACCAUCUUGUAGUGAAGCUGGUCAAUGCAUUCGAGCAGAUUGACGUGACAGAGGACAAGAUCACCGACCGGUCGGAGGCUGACCUGCCUUCUGUGUUGAUAUUCCUACCGGGAAUAAAUGAGAUUGAGGAGCAGUAUAACGCAUUAACAGACCUGCAAUUGAGGAAGAAAAUAUCCCCGGAAUGUCCCCGCUACAACUGGUGGGUGCUGCCGCUGCACUCCACCAUCACGGCCGACGAGCAGGUCCGCGUGUUCCAACGCGCGCCGCCCGGCCACCGCAAGAUCAUCCUCGCCACUAACAUCGCCGAGAGCUCCAUCACCGUGCCCGACAUCAAAUAUGUGAUCGACUUCUGCCUGAUGAAAAUCUUAGUAGCGGAUUCGGCGACCAACUUCUCAACUCUGAGCCUGACCUGGGCGUCUAAGAGCAACUGCGAGCAACGUGCCGGUCGCGCGGGCCGUGUGCGUGACGGCCGCGUGUACCGUCUCGUGCCCGCCAAGUUCUAUGACAAGUUCCAACAAGACAGCCCGCCGGAGAUCGUCCGCUGCCCGCUGGAGCGGCUGGUGCUGCUGGCCAAGAUGCUGGACAUGGGCCCGCCCAGCGACGUGCUCGCGCUCGCCAUGGACCCGCCCGAGAUGUCCAACAUACAGCGCACCAUGCUAGUGCUCAAGGAGAUCGGAGCCCUAAAGAAGACAGUGGACGGCGAGUGGUCGUCUUCAGACGGCGAGCUCACGUACAUGGGCCGCAUCAUGGCGCGCCUGCCGCUCGACGUCAAGGUCUCCAAGAUCAUCAUACUGGGCCACAUCUUCGGGUGUUUGGAUGACAGCAUCAUUAUGGCGGCCGCGUUGUCAGUGAAGAACGUAUGUAGCAGCCCGUUCCGCGAGCGCCUGAACGCCUACAACGCCAAACUGACGUGGGCCGAUGGCUCCACCAGCGACUGCGUUGCUUACCUGCACAUAUACAAAGUGUGGGACAGACUGCGGCAGCAGCAGUUCUUCAAGCAGAAGGGCAACAGCGAGGCGGUGUGGGCGCGGCGCUUCUACGUGCAGCUGCGGGCGCUGCGCGAGCUGAGCGACAUGGUGCGCGAGCUGCGCCACCGGCUCGGCCGCGAGGGCAUCGAGGCGGCCAAGGGCUCGCCCUGGGCGCGCAACCAUCUCGCCUUCGUGCACAAGGUGAUACUCGCGGGCGCGUUCUACCCGCAGUACUUCGUGCACGGCUCGCAGAACGAGACGCGCGAGCGAGACGCACUGCGCGAACUAAACGGACUUGACCCGCGCACCACAGUGUACUUGAAGAAUUUCCCCGAGCAUCAGCCGGGCCACAUCUACGCCGCGGCCAUCAGGAACAAGGUGCACGAGCUCAUCAAGGAGGAGCCGCGCGUCACCUUCGACAACAACAGCAGCCAAGGUGACAACUUCCCCGAGCAUCAGCCGGGCCACAUCUACGCCGCGGCCAUCAGGAACAAGGUGCACGAGCUCAUCAAGGAGGAGCCGCGCGUCACCUUCGACAACAACAGCAGGCGGCCUAGCCAAGGUGACAACUUCCCCGACCAUCAGCCGGGCCACAUCUAUGCCGCGGCCAUCAGGAACAAGGUGCACGAGCUCAUCAGGGAGGAGCCGCGCGUCACCUUCGACAACAACAGCAGGCGGCCUAGCCAAGGUGACAACUUCCCCGACCAUCAGCCGGGCCACAUCUACGCCGCGGCCAUCAGGAACAAGGCGCACGAGCUCAUCAAGGAGGAGCCGCGCGUCACCUUCGACAACAACAGCAGGCGGCCUAGCCAAGGUGGCAACUUCCCCGAGCAUCAGCCGGGCCACAUCUACGCCGCGGCCAUCAGGAACAAGGUGCACGAGCUCAUCAAGGAGGAGCCGCGCGUCACCUUCGACAACAACAGCAGGAAAGUUUUCCUGACCUUCCCGACUAGUGAAGAAACCUGUAGCCGCGGCAAACAUGCAGACGGAGACCCAACGAUCCCAGGCCAAAUAUUGCUGGCAGUGUACAAGGCUGUGAAGGCGAGACAACUGAAGAUGGACAUCAGAAUACCUCUGUUACCGUUGGAGGAAGCGAAAGCCCUCGCCGAGGAGAUGACCCAUAGCCGAUCCGCCAUACCCAAAGAGCUGCAAGUGCCGAGGCUGCCCAGCAUCGAGCAGACAUAUUUCCCCCUCAAAGUGACCCAGGUCACAAGCGUGGGCAAGUUCUGGGUGCAAUACGACGAAGAGACCGCAAUGAGCGAGUUCAACGAGAUCCAAGCAACACUCAACUGCAACAAACUCCUGAGUUACACGGACCCCGUGUCCCCAGGGGACCUGGUGGCCGCCCCGUUUUCGGACCGGAACGUGUAUCGAGCACGGGUGCAGAAGGUGCUCAAGGAUAUGGUUGAGGUGUGUUUUUAUUAUAAUAUCACCGUUUCAGGGCACAAGCAGGGGGCACAAGCAGGGGCAAGUUCUGACGAUGAGAUCGCAAUGAGCGAGCUCAGCGAGAUCCAAGCAACACUCAACUGCAACAAGCUCCUGAGUUACACGGACCCCGUGUCCCCAGGGGACGUGGUGGCCGCCCCGUUUUCGGACCGGAACGUGGCACAAGCAGGGGCAAGUUCUGACGAUGAGACCGCAAUGAGCGAGUUCAACGAGAUCCAAGCAACACUCAACUGCAACAAGCUCCUGAGUUACACGGACCCCGUGUCGCCAGGGGACCUGGUAGCCGCCCCGUUUUCGGAUCGGUGCGUGUAUCGAGCACGGGUGCAGAAGGUGCUCAAGGAUAUGGUUGAGAUCGCAUACAUCGACUUCGGCACCUUCGGGCGCAUCGCCAUCUCGAGCCUGCGCUCGCUGCCGCCCGGGCUGUGCCUGGACACGCCGCCGCUGGCCAUGCCGUGCCGGCUGGCGGAGCUGGCGCCGGCGCCGCUGCUGGACUCGCACGCGCACUGGGGUCUCCGCGCAGAAUCCAUGUUCGAUGAGUUCGUGCGCCAGCCCCGCCUCUUGGCCAAGAUAUACUCGGUGACGCACGGAGUGGUGUCGAUCGAGCUGCUGGCCAGAGGCGGCAGCGAGAGCCUCAACAAGCAGCUCGUCAACGCCAAGCUGGCCAUCGCCUGCGAGGAAAGCUACGAAUCUAAGUUGAAUCACGACCUGCGGCAGUCUGCGUGCGCGCUCACCCCCGAGCUCAACAUGGCGCAGAUCCGCGCGUACGACCGCGAGCAGAUCGAGCACGCGUUCCGCGAGCUGCGCGAGGUGGACUCGCCCGACGCCCGCCACUGCUACACCGACUGCUGCCUCAAGGGGCCCUUCAGCCCUCUGGAGGGAAUGGUCCAUAACCUGAUGUACGGCAGCCGCGAGACGCAGGUAAACAUCGAGUGGAGUUCCAUCAACUCCGUGCUACUCGACACGGAGCCCCAGCGCGCCUACGAAAGGUUGCUGAUAGCAGCUGAUGUGGGCCAGAGCGAACACAGCAACAAACUGACUCUGCGUCACACUACCCUCAUGCCCAACGUGCCGGGCCUGCCUGCCAUCAUCGCGCUCCUAUUCUGCCCCACGGCGGAGCUCCGGCGCGGCGUGUGCGGCGCGCGGUACUGCGCGGCGCUGUGCGGGCUCGGCUGCUCGCGCGGCGGCGCGCCGCUCUUCCCCGAGCACGACCUGCUCGUCAACGUCGACGCCGACCUCGACACCGAGGACGUCAGCAACAUUAACCACAUCCGUUACCUGAUGGACUACUCGAUCUACUGCCGCGAGGGGCAGGACACGCCCGCCAUCGACGACGAGGCGCGCCAGAAGGUGCCCGGGACCAUCCGCGACAUUCUCUUCAAACUAAUGGAGAAGCGGCGUAAACACCGCGAACCUGAAACCAUCCCCAACUCGUGGGAGUGGAACUCCGUGCCCGAAGACGAGCUGCUCGAGAUCGCUGCGCCCGAGCUGACGGCCUGCGCCACGGCCUACCCGCUCCACUCGCCGCAGGAGCUGCGCCCCAUACCUCGCGAGCACCUCGACCACCUCAAGCGGGAGGUCGACAAGCUGCGCCUGCUGGUCGACAGGUACUCACACACUAGGACACUGCGCCACGGCCUACCCGCUCCACUCGCCGCAGAAGCUGCGCCCCAUACCUCGCGAGCACCUCGACCACCUCAAGCGGGAGGUACUCACACACUAGGACACUGCGCCACGGCCUACCCGCUCCACUCGCCGCAGGAGCUGCGCCCCAUACCUCGCGAGCACCUCGACCACCUGAAGCGGGAGGUCGACAAGCUGCGCCUGCUGGUCGACAGGAGCUGCGCCCCAUACCUCGCGAGCACCUCGACCACCUCAAGCGGGAGGUCGACAAGCUGCGCCUGCUGGUCGACAGGUACUCACACACUAGGACACUGCGCCACGGCCUACCUGCUCCACUCGCCGCAGGAGCUGCGCCCCAUACCUCGCGAGCACCUCGACCACCUCAAGCGGGAGGUCGACAAGCUGCGCCUGCUGGUCGACAGGAGCUGCGGCCCAUACCUCGCGAGCACCUCGACCACCUCAAGCGGGAGGUCGACAAGCUGCGCCUGCUGGUCGACAGGUACUCACACACUAGGACACUGUGCCACGGCCUACCCGCUCCACUCGCCGCAGGAGCUGCGCCCCAUACCUCGCGAGCACCUCGACCACCUCAAGCGGGAGGUCGACAAGCUGCGCCUGCUGGUCGACAGAAGCUGCGCCCCAUACCUCGCGAGCACCUCGACCACCUCAAGCGGGAGGUCGAAAAGCUGCGCCUGCUGGUCGACAGGUACUCACACACUAGGACACUGCGCCACGGCCUACCCGCUCCACUCGCCGCAGGAGCUGCGCCCCAUACCUCGCGAGCACCUCGACCACCUCAAGCGGGAGGUCGACAAGCUGCGCCUGCUGGUCGACAGGAGCUGCGCCCCAUACCUCGCGAGCACCUCGACCACCUCAAGCGGGAGGUCGACAAGCUGCGCCUGCUGGUCGACAGGUACUCACACACUAGGACACUGCGCCACGGCCUACCCGCUCCACUCGCCGCAGGAGCUGCGCCCCAUACCUCGCGAGCACCUCGACCACCUCAAGCGGGAGGUCGACAAGCUGCGCCUGCUGGUCGACAGGAGCUGCGCCCCAUACCUCGCGAGCACCUCGACCACCUCAAGCGGGAGGUCGACAAGCUGCGCCUGCUGGUCGACAGGUACUCACACACUAGGACACUGCGCCACGGCCUACCCGCUCCACUCGCCGCAGGAGCUGCGCCCCAUACCUCGCGAGCACCUCGACCACCUCAAGCGGGAGGUCGACAAGCUGCGCCUGCUGGUCGACAGAUCGUCGAUCUCAACGAGCGCCGAGUUGUCCUGCCCGCUGUGCGGCACACCGCCCAUGCCCACGCACGCCAUGCGCAUACAUCUGUACUCAAACUCGCACAAGGAAAAGGAGGAGGACUUUGCUGUCUUCAACGCCUAAAGGGUCUUUAUCGAGGCGUAGACACACGGUACCAGUGGCUUCA